GAACUGCAGCCAGCUGAAAGCAAGAGCAAGAGCGAGAGCGAGAGAGCGAUAGAGCUCAAGCAAUUCUAGAAAUAAAUCGAAAGAGCAGCUUGCAAAAUGGACGCCUGCCACUGAAGCUGUGCUCUAGCAGAGUGAAAGAGAAAGAGAGAUUGGGGAAGAGCUCAAGCCUUCAGUCUUAGUACUUAAUCAAAGGAGAGGCAAAGCAAAAUGGCCUCGUUCCAAAUACCGCUGAUCAACCUGGAGGUGCGCGAGGUGAAGGAGAUUGUGUGGGAGAAGAUACAGGAGCCGGUGAAUCAGCGUCGCCUCAUCCUGGUCAUUGUCUCCAUUGCCUUGCUGUUGGACAACAUGCUGUACAUGGUCAUCGUGCCGAUCAUACCCGACUAUCUGCGCGAGAUCGGCAGCUUCGAUGAGGGCCCAACGCCGCCGCCGCUUCGGGAUAAUGUCACUGGGCGCGUCAUUCCGACGCAUCACGAUCAUCACGGUCAAGACUCGGCCACGGGCAUACUCUUCGCCUCCAAGGCCAUCGUCCAGCUGAUGGUGAAUCCGUUCUCGGGCGGCUUAAUCGACAAAAUCGGCUACGACAUACCCAUGAUGAUCGGCCUGACCAUCAUGUUCUUCUCGACGGCCGUCUUCGCCUGCGGCAGCAGCUACAGCGUCCUCUUCUUCGCCCGCUCGCUCCAGGGCGCUGGCUCGGCGUUCGCCGACACCUCGGGUCUGGCCAUGAUUGCGGAUCGCUUCACGGAGGAGAACGAGCGAUCGCAGGCGCUGGGCAUUGCGCUGGCAUUUAUUAGCUUCGGCUGCCUGGUGGCGCCACCUUUUGGCGGCGCUCUGUACCAAUUCGCGGGCAAAGAGGUGCCGUUCCUCAUAUUGGCGCUGGUCUGCCUGCUGGAUGGCCUGAUGCUGUUGCUGGUCAUGAAGCCCGUCAAGGAGCAGAUCAAGCAGAGCAAAGAGGUCCAGAACCAGGUAAUACCCAUCUGGCGCCUACUCAUGGAUCCCUAUAUCGCCGUCUGCGCUGGAGCGUUGACCAUGUCGAAUGUGGCACUCGCCUUCUUGGAGCCCACCAUCUCGCUGUGGAUGGAGGACAACAUGACCACGGACAACUGGAAGAUCGGCAUGGUCUGGCUGCCCGCCUUCUUUCCACACGUGCUGGGCGUGGUCAUAACCGUGAAGAUGGCACGCAAGUAUCCGCAGCACCAGUGGCUGAUGGCAGCCGGCGGGUUGGCCCUGGAGGGCUUCUCCUGCUUCAUCAUACCCUUCUGCGGCGGCUACAAGAUGCUCAUGCUGCCCAUCUGCGUGAUCUGCUUCGGCAUCGCGUUGAUCGACACGGCGCUGCUGCCCACGCUGGGCUACCUGGUGGACGUGCGCUAUGUGUCCGUCUAUGGCAGCAUCUACGCCAUCGCGGACAUCUCCUACUCGAUCGCCUAUGCCGUGGGGCCGAUCAUUGCGGGCGGCGUUGUGGAGGCCAUUGGAUUCACAGCGCUCAACUUUCUCAUCGCCUUCUCGAACCUGGCCUACGUGCCCGUGCUGCGCAAGCUGCGCAACAUCUACGACUUCAAGCCGUUCGAGAACGAGGCCAACAUAUUGAUGCAGGAUCCGCCCAACAAGGAGUACCAGACCUACGUCAUGCACGACCAGAAGCCCGUCGAGGGCGAGCUCAAGAAUCACCUCGAGUACGGCCAGCAGUACGGCCAGCAGUCGGAGCAGGAGACCAACCUGGACGAGCAGCAGCAGCACCAGCAGUACGACUAUCAGCAGGCGGCUGGCUACCAGCAGGAUCAGAGCUACCAGCCGGGCUACCAGGAGCAGGGCGGCAGCUAUGCCCAGCCACGCGUGGCGAAUCCUUUCCAGCAGGCACAGCAGCAGCAGCAGCAGCAGCCAAGCAGAGGUCCUGCUGGACCAGCGAAUCCCUUUAGACAAGGAUUUUAAACUGUUGUCUUCAAGAAGAGAUAUUAUCAUUUCUAUAUACAUAUAUCGAUUAUUUUGUUGAACUCACCUUGAAUUCGGUUUAGGAUAUUACCUACAUAUAUACAUACAUACUUAUAUAUAUAUAUAUAUAUAUAAUUAGUAAGUGGUACGUACACUAUAAAACUGCAUAUGGCAUGCAAAUAGUUCAAGUUCAGCUGCUAAAGCCCCCCCUGCACCAGUCUUGUAUUAUACACUGAUUGCACGCAGCUACACAUAGGAUAUACAUACAUAU